GAAGAACUGUCUGGCAUGUCUGGUGCACGGUGGAAGGGAUGUGUGCGAAGGUCGUAUUAAUCGUGUAAAGUUUCGUUGUGACAGAAAAUCAGAAGACCAUGGUGGUGUUUUCCUUGACACUUGUCCGACAUGGAGAGACCCUUUAUAACAGAAAAAAGAUCCUGCAAGGCCAGACAGAUGUGCCAUUAUCACAAGUGGGAAUACAGCAAGCCAAGAUGGCCGCAAACCGCCUGGAGAGUGAGAACUUCACUCAUGUGUUCUCUAGCGACCUCAGUCGGGCCAAUCAGACAGCUCAGGUCAUCAUGGAGGGUAACAGUGUGUGUCACAGCACCGUCGUCACCGAUAAGCGACUCCGUGAAAGGAAAUUUGGUACACUAGAGGGAAAGUCGCACAAGGAGCUGAUUGCUGCUGCCAAGAAAGCCAACACCAACGUGGCCAGCUACACCCCCCCUGGUGCUGAAACUAACUUACAGAUGCAAGAACGUGCAAUGUCAUUUUUUCGUGAUCUAUGCAAACUUCUGGUGGCCUUCAUGAAUGAGUCAGAAGAUAAUGAAUAUACCCCAGGAUCUAUCAAACAGCGGCACGGUGGCAGCCUUGGGCGCAACAGUGGCAACAUACGCAACCGUCUAGUGAGCAGUCGGCGUAGCCAGUCUUUCUGUGGCAUUGCAUCCAUGUCAGAUACCCCUGAUCUAGAUAUAUACAAUGAUUACCAGUCAUCUGAUCAGAAACGACGCAAGUACGAGAAAGAUCAUGAGACCAGCGACGAUCCUGAGGACAGUUCUUGUCACAAUGCUUCGUCAUCAUCAACAGUAGCAGCAGCAAAUCAUUCUGCACGAUCACAGGACACAAAUGGAGGGUUGUGUUCUUCUCAAGACGAGAAUCUCGCUGACACUGUGAUAGGCAGGUCAAACUCCAGCAGUUCUUCAGGCUACGCAAGCCUGCCAGACGGAACAGACCUGUCAGACAAAGACAGUGAGGAUCAGGUUGAACGAGAGGACCAGUCGGAGGCUAAGAAAGCUAGUAUAGAGAACCUGUUUACUCCCACUGGUUACCUAGAACUUAAUAGUGAAUCCCCAGACAAUUUCUCUAAUUCUGAAAAUGAACAAUCUUCAGAUUCGCCAGCUCAUAUUAAGCCAGAUUCUGACCAAGCACAUCACAACAGUUUCAGCCCUGAAACCUUUGUCACUGGCCCUUCAGUGAUCAACAGGUCCCCAGCAGGCGGUUACUGUCCAAAUGUGUCCCUGUCUCCACUCCUGGCCCAUCGCCUGUCCAGUGUGUCCAGCAUCAGUUCGGGUCGCAACAGUUCAUUUGACGACAUGGACGGACUACCACCCACCGUGGCAGACGUCCUCAUCGUCAGCCAUGGUGGAUUCAUCAAGGAAAUGAUUCGACACUUUGUUGACAAUCUGGGCUGUAAGAUACCAGGAGGUAAGAGUCAUGCACUGAAAGUGUGUGCCAACUGUAGCCUUUCUAAGUUCACUGUGACCGUGCACAAUGUCAGCGAGACACCAACUGUCAGUUGUAUCACUAUCAAUGAGAGAGACCACCUCCGGGAAGUAGAGGUCACAGAAUUUGACUUAGCUCUCUAGCAUCUCCUACAUGUCUCAGACUUUCAUCUCUCUCGCGUCUCCUACAUGUCUCAGAAAACAUCUCAUUUUUAGACUGAAAUAGGAUGUUUUUUUUCCUAUUUCAUCAUGCAUAGUUUUACCAAUUGUUUCUCACCAUAUGAGAAAAAAAUUCUCGCUAAAGUUAAAUUAUCUCUUUAUUUCAUUUUCAAGUUGCAAUGUUGCCAAUAAUUGUAUAAUAGACUGAUCCUUUCUUUUUCGAUGACAAUGUUUCUUUCAACAAAUGUGAACAUGUUUACCAACUCAAAUUAAUUGGAUAUCAUUUUUAUAUAUAUGGUAUAUUAUAUAUAUCAAUUAAAGAGAUAUCAAUGCUUUAAAAGUUAGCAAUAACUUGAAAGUCUUCACUUGAAGUUAACAAAAAACGUAAGAUAGACUGCGAUACAUAAUUGGUACUCUCAUCCAUUUUAUCACUUUCCAACAAUAAUUACUUUAGUGAAAAUUCAUCAUCAUUUAUUUUGAUAAUUCUGCAGCCACCACAUGUAAUAUAUAUAGUUUUGCACCAGAUCUGAUAUGACUUGUACAGGCUAUAUAUAUAUAUGUAUUUUAACAAACAGUCAGUUGGUUUAUAUGUACAAUCCCCUUCCCGUCCAGCCUCAUUAGUUGAUCUGUAGAUUAUAAGUAGUAUUAAGUUUCUAAACAUGAGUAAAUAUCAAUUAUCACCAUUCAAAUACUAUUGUUGCAGAAACUAGGUAGUUAUAAGUAAUUUAAUACUGAAAUAUGUUGUGAAAAAUUGACAAUAUCAGUUUGUAAAAUUGCUCGAAAGUUGUUUAAAUUGGCAUUCAAAUAUUCCGUCUUUGCGUAUUACAGAGUUAUCUUCUCUUGGGAACAGGUAUUGAUUGUUACGUCAUUGAUU